UGCGCUUUUUACGUCUAAAAUCCAUAUCACUACCUACGUCUCGUGACUCGUACUCUUGUCACUCGUGUACGUUUUCCAUUUCCACAAUAUUGUAGUAUACCGGGAUGUGUUGCGAGUACUUGAUUUGUGGGUUCGUUUCACUUUCAUAUUUCAUUACCUAUGUUUAAUAUAUUUGUUAAUUCACGUCUUUUUUCGAACUACCCAUUUAUAGUAAUUUUAAAUAAAUCAGUGUGAGCUGUCUUCACUAUUAUUUUCAUUAUUUAACUCAAUUAAUCUAAUAAUGGCUGAAGUCGUAGAUGACAUAAUUAAAACCUUAAACGAGACAAAUAGUACAGACACAGAGUCCGUUCUCAAAAAAAUACCAGCCACCACUGAAGGUAUGCUGAUUGCAUACACCAGUUUAGUGGUCAUGGCUUUAGUACCUAUAUUCUUGGGCUCGUUCCGAUCAGUAGAACAACACAUUAAAAAUAAAUUGAAAAAAGAAGUACCAGAGUCCAUGACAGAAAAAGAUGCUAUGAUGUUUCCAGUGAUUGCUAGUGGAGCUCUCUUUACCCUCUACAUCAUUUUUAGGGUAUUUUCUAAGGAACACAUAAAUCUAUUAGUGACUUUAUAUUUUUAUGUUCUUGGAGUAGCAGCUCUAAGUCAUAUUUUAAGUACCAAAUUCAGCGCUUUGUUACCAAAAAGUAUACCUAAGACUAAAUACCAAUUGCAGUUCACAGAAGGUACUGGUGAAAACAAACAUGAUUGGAUUAAUGUAAAAUGUACAUUACAUGAUGUAUUAUGUUUUGUAUUUUGUGCAAUAUUAGGGACGAUAUAUAUUUAUAGCAAACAUUGGAUUGCAAACAAUAUAUUUGGAUUGGCAUUUGCUGUAAAUGGAAUAGAAUUGUUACACAUUAAUACCAUUAAAAUUGGAUGUAUCCUCUUGUGUGGUCUAUUUGUCUAUGAUAUAUUUUGGGUGUUUGGUACCAAUGUUAUGGUUACUGUGGCCAAGUCUUUUGAUGCUCCUAUUAAACUUAUAUUCCCUCAGGAUUUAUUAGAAAAUGGUAUUCUAGCUGCUAAAAACUUUGCUAUGUUGGGCUUAGGUGAUAUUGUUAUUCCAGGAAUAUUUAUUGCAUUCAUGUUGAGAUUUGAUCAAAGCUUAAAACGUAAGACAAAUACAUAUUUCAAUGUAACAUUUUUGGCCUAUUUUUUGGGCUUACUUACUACAGUGUUUGUCAUGCACGUAUAUAAAGCAGCUCAGCCAGCAUUAUUAUACUUGGUACCUGCAUGUUUAAUUACUCCCAUGUUGGUUGCUUUAGUAUGUGGAGAUUUAAAAACUUUAUUCAGUUAUGAAGAUCAUAAAAUGGAACCAGAAAACUCUUCCAAAAAAUUAAAAUAGUAUAAGUGUCAAUUUUAUUUUAUUCUAUAUAAAAUUAUUUUCUUAGGAUUAUUUUUUUU